GCCGCCGCCGCCCCCUCUCGCAGCCAUUGCGGGCAGGCCCCGGCAGCUGCGGCCCGUCCGGCCCGGUGCCCGCUGCGGCCCCGGGGACAUGGUGUGGGGAUGGCUCGGCCCGCAGACACCUUCCCGCUGCACCGGCUCGUCUGGCACAACCGGCACCAGGCGCUGGACAGCGCCCUGCGCUCCGGCACGCACGACGUGGAGCUGACAGACCCCCGUGGGAGGACCCCGCUGGAGCUGGCCGUGUCCCUGGGCCACCUGGAGUCGGUGCGGGUGCUGCUGCGGCACAACGCCAACGUGGGCCGGGAGAAUGCCAACGGCUGGACGGUGCUGCAGGAGGCGGUGAGCACCGGGGACCCCGAGAUGGUGCAACUGGUGCUGCAGUACCGCGACUACCAGCGGGCGACGCGGCGGCUGGCUGGCAUCCCCGAGCUGCUCAGCAAGCUGCGGCGGGCAUCUGACUUCUACGUGGAGAUGAAGUGGGAGUUCACCAGCUGGGUGCCGCUGGUCUCCAAGGUGUGCCCCAGCGACGUGUACCGCGUGUGGAAGCGCGGCGAGAGCCUGCGGGUGGACACCACCCUGCUGGGCUUCGAGCACAUGACCUGGCAGCGCGGCCGCCGCAGCUACAUCUUCAAGGGAGAGGAUGAGGGGGCAGUGGUGAUGGAGGUGGACCACGACAAGCAGGUGGUCUACACAGAGACGCUGGCCCUGGCCCUCCAUGAGCCUGACCUGCUGCUGGCAGCCAUGCAGCCCUCGGAGGAGCACGUGGCCGGGCGGCUGACCUCCCCCAUCGUCUCCACACACCUGGACACCAGGAACAUCGCCUUCGAGAGGAACAAGUCUGGGAUCUGGGGCUGGCGCUCGGAGAAGAUGGAGGUGGUCAGCGGCUACGAGGCCAAGGUCUACAGCGCCAGCAACGUGGAGCUGGUCACCAAGACCAGGACCGAGCACCUCUCGGACCAGGACAAGUCCCGCUGCAAAGGCUCCAAGACUCCCUUCCACUCCUUCCUGGGCAUUGCGCAGCAGCAUGGCACCCACAACGGGGUGCCCGUGCCACAGGCUGCCAGCCCCACCAACCCCACUGCCAUCACUCCUGAGGAGUACUUCGACCCCCACUUCGACCUGGAGACUCGCAACAUCGGGCGCCCCAUCGAGAUGUCCAGCAAGGUGCAGAGGUUCAAGGCGACGCUGUGGCUGUGCGAGCAGCACCCCCUGUCCCUGGCAGAGCAGGUGACGCCCAUCAUCGACCUCAUGGCCAUCUCCAAUGCCCACUUCGCCAAGCUCCGCGACUUCAUCACCCUCAAGCUGCCCCCUGGCUUCCCUGUCAAGAUCGAGAUCCCUCUCUUCCACGUCCUCAACGCCCGAAUCACCUUCAGCAACCUCUGCGGCUGCGACCAGCCCCUGGGCUCCGUGCGGGUCUGUGCCCCCACCCAGCUCCCUGGCACCCACCCUGCCGGCACCGACCCCGCUGGCGCCCAGCCCGCUGGCUGGCCGUUCCCGUGCGAGGUGGAGGCAGGCGUGUUCGAGGUGCCAGCUGGGUACACGGUGCUGGGAGCGGGGCGCAGCGAGCCGCUGCGGGACGAGGACGAUGACCUCCUGCAGUUCGCCAUCCAGCAGAGCCUGCUGGACGCCGGCACCGAGACCGACCAGGUGACCAUUUGGGAGGCUCUGACCAACACCCGCCCGGGCGUGGAGCCGCCGCCCUAUGAGGAGCAGCUGGAGCGGGCCCUGCAGGAGAGCAUGCUGCUGCAGGCCGGCCCCAGUGCUGACCCCACCGAGGCUGGGCCCCCCCCUGGGGCGGGUGGUGGUGGCGGCACUGACGCUGGCACGGGCACUGGCACGGGCACGGGCACCCCCCCAGCACCCGCUGGCUACGGCAGCUUCGCGGAGCAGCUGCGCUUGGCCAUGGCCCUGUCGGAGCGGGAGCAGGAGGAGCGGGAGCGGCGCCGCAGGGAGGAGGAUGAGGAGCUGCAGCGCAUCCUGCGGCUCUCCCUCACCGAGAAGUAGCGGUGGGGACGCGCAGGGACAGGGAUGUCCUGUGUGGGGACGUCCCGCGUGGCCACCGUCCACACGAGGCCAGGGCUGUCCCGCGUGGGGGACACCUCGUGUAGUGGUGGAGAAGGCUCGCGUGGGGACACUCCACACCGGGGCAAGGGUGUCCCGGGUGAAGACACUCCACGUGAGAACAGGGACAUCCGGGGUGGGGGACCCUCACAUGGAGAUGGAGACAUCCCACGUGGGGAGGGACACCCCCAAGAGAAACAGGGACAGCUCAGGUGGGGACACCCCACAGGAGGAGGGGAAUGAAUGUGUUGUGUGAGGACACUCCCUGUCGGGACAGGCGUGUCCCACCUGGGGACACUCCACACGAGGACAAGGAUGUCUGACGCAGGGACACCCCGCAUGGGGACAGGGACAUCCCACAGGGGGACUCCCCACGUGGGGCCAAGGACACCCCACCUUAUCCAGGGACCGCCUGACAUGACCCUUCCCUGGUGACAGCCCGAUGUGGGCACCCCAAGGACCCCCCACCUUGGGCACAGUCAUGCCUGGGGACCAGCGGGUGCCAGGGUGUCACCCCCGUGCCAGGUCCCCCCCCGAUGUUGCUGGGGGCAUUGAUCCAGGGAUCCUCCUCUCCCAGGGACUCCCCCACUCGAGGGAUCUUCUCUCACCAGGCUGCAAUCUCAGCCCAAGGACCUUCAUAUGGGGGGGCUGUGUGGCACUUUCCCCCCCCUGCCCAGGGACACCCCUAUUCCCAAGACCCCCACUCCAGGGCCCCUCAUUUUUCUUCAGUGUUGAUGCCACAAAGGACAGGAUGGACCCGGGGUGGGGGUCCUCUAUAGACACCCCAAUGUGGGGCUGGGCAGGGACCCACCCAGGCCUUCUCCCACAGUGUGGGGGUCCAGGGGGUGGGUCCCCAAAUGUCGGCAGGGUGUCCCCAGAUGUAUGUACAUAACAUAUACAUAUAUAUAUA